ACGAAUGUGUUCACGUGCUAUCAGUGUGGUCGUUGAAACUGCGGCUUUUAGAACGCUUGAUAGCGUAUUUAGACUGCAGUCAGCUAAUUUAACCUAACUGAAGAAACGAUACAUAUGCUCAGUCCAAAGAAGAAGUUUACAAAAGGAUAACAUGAUUACAUCAGCAGCCUAAAGAAACGUGUCUACUAAUUAGUCUAAAUUUGAGUAAUCGUACAUGCUCCGAGCAAGCUAUUCAAGCCCUUAUCCCCAAAAGGCCAUAAUGCCAGUGGAGUUGGCGAUAUCGCUCUACCAGUCAAACGAUGACUUCUGCUACAGGACUCCAAAAUCUCUAAACCCCUGUCUGACCAGUUUGAACAUGUGCCAGAUAGUUGAACAACGUACACAUCCAAAUGAAGGGGAAGCUCUUCAUAAAAGACGUGGAAAAUCCAAAAAGAAUGUGUCUUUUGCAGACCAUAAAGGACUUGCUCUUACCAAGGUGAAGGUAUUUUCAGAGCUCCAUGACCCCAUUGACAUCCCACUUAACAUUCAGGAGCUGCUCAACUCUGCCCUAACAUUAGCUGAGAAAGAAGACAAACUAGUAUUAGACUUUACCCAGCCCUCUGCUGACUACUUAUUUUUCCGCCAGCGUUUGGAAAGUGAGCGUGUCUGUCUAGAGCACUGCAUGCUGAAGGAAAAAGCAUUAGCAGGAACUGUGAAAGUCAAAAACCUGUCAUUCGAAAAAUCUGUGAAGGUAAGGGUGACCUUUGAUACAUGGAAAAGCUACACAGAUGUGGAGUGCCUGUAUGUGAAGGACACCUACACAUGUUCAGAUCGUGACACUUUUUGCUUUGACAUCUUGUUGCCUGAUCAUGUCAGGCCACAUGAGCACAUCGAGUUUGCCAUCUGCUAUGAGGCCAACAGUCACAUCUACUGGGACAGCAACCAAGACCAGAACUACAGGAUUAUCUGGUCUUCUAUGAAGAGAGAUGAUCUAAGGUGCCUUAGCAGUAGCCCGCAGACAAGUUCCUCUCAGUUGGGAAUUCACUUUGAUCGCUACGGAAGUCCUAGGUGCUCCCAUGGAAUUGUCCCCGAGUGGCCAAGUUAUGCAGGGUAUGAAAUUAUCGGCCCAUACUACUAAAUAUGUGGUUUCAUGAAACCAUGUUCCAAGGAGUGACAAUAUGUUCUCUUCAAAUGACAAUGAACAACAUCCUCAGGGUCCAUGAUAAAAACUAGAUGUUUAAGACACAGUUUUACAAACCAGUGCAACAUCAUAUUAAUCUGGUGAAUGAUUCCCCUCAGUGCAAUGACACGUUUAGGAAAGCAAUCAAGUACAGGUCUAGAGGAGUAUAGAUGACACAUUUUCUAAUGAAAUUACAGGUUACCAUAGAACAGUGUAAUAUAUAUUGCUAGACAUUUUUAUUAAACUGUGAAUAGAAGAGGUUGCAAAUUCAAAUGCAAAUUAUUAAUUGUUUUUGUGAAUUAGUUAAUUCACACAUUUGUUACGUUUUAGAUGUUUUGUCAGAAGUUUGCAUUUGUAAACAGAAUGCGUAAUGUUUUAAGCCAUGCUUGCACACUAGACAAUCCACUUUAAUGGGCAGUAAUACUGUACACUUUGGACUUUGCCCGUAUUUCCUUAUCUGUCUGUCAAAUGUUGGUUUUAAAGGGACUCCUUUUUUCACAUGCAGUAUUUUCAUUGUAUAUAUUAUGAAGGAUAUGUUUGAAAUACACUGAAUUUAAUAUUUUAAGUCAUUCUCUUUUUAUCAAU